GGCUCCAGCAUGGUUCUGAGGCUCCUGCUCCUCCUCGGCGCACUGCUUAGGGCCACCAAGCCAGCUCCCCACUGUGAAACCGGCCAGGAGACCCUAGGUCAAUGCCAAACAGUACGGAAAGCAAAAUGUGUGGAUAUUGCCUUAAGUUCUUGUACUGAUGUUGCCUAUACUCAAAUGGUGUAUCCCAAUUUUCUGGAUCAGAAGUCUCGAGAAGUGAUUGAGUACAGCUCUGAGUACCUGCUCAUCAGUGUGCUGCACAACUUGCUCCAGGGAGAAUGUAAUCCUGACCUGAGGCUCCUGGGCUGCUCAGUGCUGGCCCCACAGUGUGAAAAGGACAAAGUUAUAAAGCCCUGCAGGCAUGUCUGUGAAAACCUAAAAAAAAAUUGCCUCCCUGCCUUUGAUGCAAUAGACAUGGCUUGGCCCUACUUCUUAGACUGCGACCGCUUUUUUGCUGGGGAAGAAGAGGGAUGUUUUGACCCACUGGCAAAGCUGCGAGGAGAAGUAGAUGUUGAGGAAGAUUUGCCUUCAAACUUGCCAGCAACUUUUAUUCAGUUCAAACACCAUUCAUAUUCCCAAAUGGUGAGCACGCUGAAGAAGACUGCUUCUAAGUGCUCCCAGAUUGCAACAACUUACAGCAUAGGUCGCAGUUUUGAAGGGAAGGAUCUUUUUGUGAUUGAGUUUUCAACCAAGCCUGGACACCAUGAACUGCUCAAGCCAGAAUUUAAGUACAUUGGCAAUAUGCAUGGAAAUGAAGUUGUGGGGAAGGAACUUCUAAUAUACCUUGCACAAUACCUGUGUUCGGAGUAUCUUCUUGGGAACCCUCGCAUCCAGACCCUGAUUAAUAACACCAGAAUUCAUCUCCUGCCUUCACUCAACCCUGAUGGGUAUGAACUAGCUGCAGAAGAGGGAGCUGGUUACAACGGAUGGGUCAUUGGACGACAGACAGCUCAGAACUUGGACCUGAACAGAAAUUUCCCAGAUUUGACAUCUGAGGCUUACAGAAGAGCUGGCAUUCGUGGAGCCCGUCUGGACCACAUCCCCAUUCCACAGUCCUACUGGUGGGGUAAGGUGGCCCCUGAGACAAAAGCAGUCAUGAAGUGGUUGAGGUCUAUCCCGUUUGUGCUCUCUGCCAGCCUCCAUGGGGGUGAGCUGGUUGUGACCUAUCCUUAUGACUAUUCAAGGCAUCCUAUGGAAGAAAAAAUGUUCUCCCCUACACCUGAUGAGAAGGUAUUCAAAAUGCUGGCUAAAGCCUAUGCAGAUGCACACCCCGUCAUCUCGGACCAAUCGGAACUACGUUGUGGUGGAAACUUUGUAAAACGUGGAGGUAUCAUAAAUGGUGCUGAGUGGUACAGCUUCACUGGAGGUAUGGCAGAUUUUAAUUACCUUCACACAAAUUGCUUUGAAGUUACCGUGGAGGUAGGAUGCGAAAAGUUUCCUUUGGAGGAAGAACUAUUUACAAUCUGGCAUGAAAACAAAGGUGCCCUUCUGAAUUACAUGGAAAUGGUUCAUCGGGGCAUAAAAGGAAUUGUGUCUGAUAAGUUUGGCAACCCAAUAAAAAAUGCUCGUAUUUCAGUCAGGGGCAUUCAACAUGAUGUCACCACAGCUGCUGAUGGAGACUACUGGCGACUCCUGCCUCCAGGGACAUACAUAAUCAGCGCCCAAGCACCGGGAUACAGCCGGGUGAUGAAGAGGGUCACCAUUCCUGCCAAGAUGAAACAGGCUGGGCGAGUGGAUUUUGUGUUGCGACCUGCCGAGGCCUGGCCCAACAAGCUCCUCCGCCGCUCCAUGGAAAACACGUACGACCCGUACGACCCACUGGAACUUUUUGACCCUCAUGCCCAACACAGGCAGCCCGAGGCCCGAGGUGGGUCGUCACCAGGCAGGGAGAAGCCCUGGUGGUGGUCUUACUUCAGCUCUCUAGACCUGCACAAACCUCUGUGGCUGCUCAAGCAGCGCUGAAGGGCAUCACAGUGCUCUGCU